AUGGGAAGAGCCGGCGUUCGUUCUUAUCAGCCGGAUGGCUGCAAAAAGAGAAAGAAGAAGGCCUCGCCCGAGGGAAAGUCUGAGUGCUGCAACUUUUUCACGUGCUCUACCGGCAGCCAUCUUGACGCCCUCCACGUUCCUGCUCCCCAGAAAAUAUACAAAGCCAUCCCCAUCUCCUUGGAAAAGUAUUUGUUUUUCUUUGGCCCCUUUUCGUUUCUUCCCUUCUACUAUAUAUAUGUGUGCCCUGGAAUCACUGCACAGUCAGACUCUCUCGACUACUUCCGGUGCAUUGGGUGCAUGUGCUCUUCGUGCGUUGGGGCGUACGUCUUGUUUAAAGUGCUGUGCUUUGGGGUGCGCUUUCCAGAGGUUUCCUUCAUCGUCAUUGCUAUGGUGUGCUCUCUCCACUCUUCCUUCACGCUUCUAAUUGUAGCUAUGCUUUUGAUGCAGCUGUUCAGCGCGGUUUUUGUAAAAAAAAUCUACCCGUUUGCACAGAGAAUCCCACACUUUCUUAUUCUUCUUGUUUUUCUGGGUCUUUUGCUUGCAUCUGUCGUGUGCCUGGCCGUGUACAUAAUAGAGCUUCCGCCCCCAAAAAGAAACGCCAAGGGCCGGGCAUACGCCUAG